AUGUCGAUCCUAGGACGGCGUGGAGCCGCCAUUGUCGCCCGCGAACUUCCCUUACCGGCGUCCUCAUCGUCAAUCCUAGCCUCGCAUCCUCGAGCCUUCUCCAUCUUCAGCCGUCCGCAGCCCAAAUACCCCGGCCAUGUGCCAUUGAACGCCAUCGAGCGCGGUGCGCUGGCCGUGGGCUCCGCUGUGGGAGCUCUGAUGAACCCCCGGAGAGCUGACCUCAUCGCAGCGUGCGGCGAAGCUACCGCAACCCCCUACUUCAUCUACCGCCUCCGCGACGCCAUGCUCUCCGAUCCGACGGGCCGCCAGAUUCUCCGCGACCGACCACGCAUCACCUCCACGACGCUCCCGCUGCCAUACCUUCGCUCGCUGCCGGAGAACUCGGUGGGCCGGACCUACGCCGCCUGGCUCGACCGCGAGGGCGUGUCGCCCGACACCCGUGAUGAGGUGAAGUACAUCGACGACGAGGAGUGCGCGUACGUCAUGCAGCGGUAUCGCGAGUGCCACGAUUUCUACCACGCUGUGACGGGGUUGCCGAUCUUUGUCGAGGGUGAGCUCGCCCUCAAGGCGUUCGAGUUCCUCAACACGCUGAUCCCCAUGACGGGGCUGAGUAUGUUUGCGGCCGUCCGGUUGAAGCCAGCGGAGAGGGAGCGCCUGUUUUCGAUCUAUUUGCCCUGGGCGGUGCGCAGUGGGCUCGGCAGUAAGGAGCUGAUCUGUGUCUACUGGGAGAAGAUCCUGGAGAAAGAUGUGAAUGAGUUACGGAGGGAAUUGGGGAUCGAGAGACCGCCUGAUAUGAGGGAAAUCCGGCGGAUGAUCCGCGAGCAAAAGAAGCGGGAGAAGGAGCGGUUGAAGCAGGCGGAGUAA